CAACUGAUGAUUGUGAAAUUGUCAAAGUGUGAAACCUGAAAUUAGAGAACUAAUAAAGACUCUUUCUUUCCUUCCUUCCUUCCUUCUUCCAGCAGUUUCUGAGCCGAACCCAGAGAGGGCAAGGGGGAAAUCUUCGUACCCGAAUCCGAAAGAUUCCGCCUUUAGGAUUCUGAUUCUCGUUUCUAUAGUAUUCUUCCCCUCUCCCCGUUCUGGUUCUACAUCGUGAAGCUUGCUGCUUUGUUCAUGUCGAAUGUUACUGUGAUGAAUUCAGUUGCUUAAGAUGUAUGAUUGUGGUUUGAAGACCCAAUAUCUGCCUGGCCAAAGGGACAAGUUUGUUAGACUGGAUGAUUUGGACUCAAGAGUAUCAUCAUCGCCCUCCGAGGCAGGGCCGAGAAGAUGUGGAUUUGGCAUCGAGGCACUAAACUGUGCUGGCCAAGCACCCGAUACACCAUCCAGAUCUUUUAAGAAUGGAAUCAAAAGGGGAUCAGAAGGACUCAAAUCCAUAGGACGUUCACUUAGAUUCGGAGUUUCUCGUGGUGUCUUCCCUGAAGAUCUUAAAGCAUCAGAGAAGAAGAUAUUUGAUCCUCAAGACAAGUUCCUUUUGUUGUGCAACAAGCUCUUUUUGGUGUCAUGCAUUUUGUCUGCAUUUGUUGACCCACUUUUCUUUUACCUCCCGGUGUUCAAUGAUGCGGGGUUCUGCCUUGGGAUCGAUCGGAAAUUAGCACAUACAGUGUCGACAUUAAGGACAAUUGUUGAUGCUUUCUACCUUGCUCGAAUGGCUCUCCAGUUCAGGACGGCUUACAUUGCACCUUCUUCUCGUGUGUUUGGCCGUGGUGAGCUGGUGAUCGAUCCCACUCAGAUAGCUAAGCGGUACAUGCAAUAUUACUUCUGGAUCGAUUUCCUCGCCAUCUUUCCCCUUCCGCAGAUUGUGGUCUGGAAGUUUCUUCAGAGGUCCCAUGGCUCUGAUGUUCUAACAACAAAAAGAGCCAUCCUAGCCAUCAUUUUGCUCCAAUACGUUCCUAGAUUCCUUCGGUUCAUACCUUUAACUUCCGAACUCAAAAGAACAGCAGGUGUCUUUGCAGAAACCGCGUGGGCUGGUGCUGCUUGUUACCUUCUCCUAUACAUGCUUGCAAGUCACGCAGUUGGUGCAUUGUGGUAUUUGCUAGCCAUAGAGCGGAAAGACGCAUGCUGGCAGAAGUUCUGUACCCCAGAAGUAAAAUGCCAGACCAAUUUCUUGUACUGUGGGAACCAGUUCAUGACAGGGUUUGGUGAUUGGAUUCCCUUGAGGAACAACACUCUCGAGUCGAAUUGUGUGACGAAAGAAGAUGGACCGUUUGAUUAUGGGAUCUUCUUGAAUGCUUUGUCGUCCGGGGUUGCCUCCUCAAAGGAGUUUGUGGCUAAGUAUUGCUAUUGCUUGUGGUGGGGGCUUCAGAAUCUUAGGUUGUCUACUUGUUUGUGUAGUACACUUGGUCAGGGGCUUCAAACCAGCACAUAUCCUGGAGAGGUUAUCUUUUCUAUAGCACUUGCGAUAUUUGGACUCAUCCUCUUUGCACUUCUCAUUGGUAACAUGCAGACCUAUCUCCAGUCACUUACGAUACGUUUGGAAGAGAUGAGAGUGAAAAGGCGAGACUCAGAACAAUGGAUGCGCCAUCGCUUGCUCCCAACCGAACUCAGAGAAAGGGUUAGGAGAUAUGACCAGUACAAAUGGUUAGCAACUCGUGGAGUUGAUGAAGAGAUUCUGGUUCAAAGCCUGCCUAAGGAUCUUAGAAGAGACAUCAAACGCCAUCUUUGUUUGGCAUUAGUCCGGCGGGUUCCUCUGUUUGAUAACAUGGAUGAGAGGCUGCUCGACGCCAUUUGCGAGAGGCUGAAACCAUGCCUGUUCACUGAAUCUACCUACAUCGUCCGAGAAGGUGAUCCGGUCGAUGAGAUGCUCUUCAUCAUUCGAGGACGCCUCGAGAGUGUAACAACAGAUGGUGGCAGGAGCGGCUUCUUCAACCGUGGAUUCCUCAAAGAAGGAGAUUUCUGUGGCGAGGAGCUCUUAACCUGGGCCCUUGAUCCCAAAUCUGGCGGCAACUUACCAACCUCGACCCGAACUGUGAGGGCCAUAACUGAAGUCGAGGCCUUUGCCCUGACUGCCGAUGAAUUGAAGUUCGUCGCCAGUCAGUUCAGGCGCCUCCACAGUAGGCAGGUGCAACACACUUUCAGGUUCUACUCGCAACAGUGGAGAACUUGGGCCGCGUGCUUCAUCCAGGCAGCAUGGCGACGACACCUGAAGAGGAAGAACCUCGAGCAGCAGCGUCGGAAGGAGGAAGAGGAAGAAGCAGCGCAAAGCACGAGUGGCAGCGGAGGAGGCGGAGGCUCGUUUAGCAUAGGCGCCACGUUCUUGGCCUCGAGGUUCGCAGCGAAUGCUCUUCGUGGGGUACACCGGAACAGGAAUGCCAAGACGGCAAGAGAGCUGGUGACGCUGCAGAAGCCUCCUGAGCCUGAUUUCACGGCUGAUGAUGCAGAUUGAAUCGAUUAAGAACACCGUAAAAUUCGAUUAUUUCUUAAAAGGUCAUUAUCAUGAUCAGUCUAAUUUGCUGUUAACUCUUGCCUUUUCUUGCCCUAAAGACACUGUAUAUUAUUAUUUGCAUGAAACCAAGCUUGGGUUUGAUGUUCUGUAAGGCGCUUGCUAAUGCUAUUUUCCACCCUGCCUCACAACUUACUUAGCUCUGGCUCUGUAGAUGAAAGACCUAACAACAUUGUAUCCCACUUUAACUAUAGAAAUCACUUCAAGAUUGUUGCAGAGUUUGUUGAUUCCAUCCA